GCCACUUCCCAGACAGGUAAAAUUGAAACGCCAUCGCGUCGCGCGUCGCGUCGCGUGAGUAGCGCGUCCGGCGGAAGCGCGUUCGCCAAUCAACAGUGGCGAGCAACGCAGGUGACCAAUCGGCUGGACUCAUCGAAUGUCUACAUGACUUCAGUUCCAAAUGACCGCGGUCAUCAACAUCACAGUCAUCGUACUCAUUGGAUUUAUCGAAUUUUCUCUAGCCGGGGCUUCCGAUGAACCGCAACGAUCGAUGAUUCUGGCCGUUGUUGUCUUGAACACAGGCAAGCAUCCCUCCAAUAACCAGUUGUGUCUCGCUGGCAAAGCAAGUGAUCGCCCAUCGUCCACUGUUUCCUCCUAUCGCUCCGGCUUAUCGGGGGCCCCCUCCUCCUGCCCUCCUUGCAUCUUUCCCGGACACUCACGGAUCUUCCCUUUCUCAAGUCCACAUUCUUGCUCAGGGCAAGGUUUUGAUCUCCUUCACACAGGAUCGUGACUCCAGGUGGCUAUGCACUGUUAUUUUGGCUCGUGUCUCAAAGACCGUGCCUGCGACUACUAAUAGCUCCCCAGCCGCCUCGGGAUAUUAUGCGUCAGAUGACUGCACGUUGAUGUUGCCCAUCGUUUCUUUCUG